AUGGAGGACAGGAGCCAGUUCGACAUCAACGAUUCACUCAAGUAUUACUUGAGUGACCCCGCGACACUCCCUACCCCGGAUGCAGACCCGGAACUGCUGGAUUGCGAAUCGGAUCCCGAGUCAAUCUCGCCUGCGCUGAUUGACAAUGUUUUGAACCCGAUUGUUGAUGCGGUGGCAGAGAACCCUGAAGGAUUAACGAAAGCAUCCGUUUUUGACUCACUCCAAUUCUUGCUAAAGUGCGCAACGGUCCCUUCCCAAUUUUCCCGUGGAGGCUCUCGCCCGCCAGGAAUCGACUCUGACGAACCUUUUUACACUUGCAGAUACUCCACGGUCCUUCCUACGAAAUCCCUGAGCAAGCUUUUAGAUUUGGUUGUUUCAGGUCUCUCCGUCGAGGCCGACAUCAUCCAUGGAGACUUGGAGUCCGACGAACAGGAUGCCAUCCAGGGCCACAAGCAGCUACUGGAAAUGUACGGAUUCCUCCUACAAUGGGGUCUAUCUGCUGUUGAGGUUAAAGCAGCCGAAAAGCCCGCCGACGCAGCUCCACUGCGACGAGGAGGACCCAAGUCUAAGAAAUCGGCGAAGGACGGACAGUGGGACUGGACACCGCAGAUUCAAAUUUCCAUGGAGACCAUGUGCAAGGUGAUGAAGCUCAAGCUUGGACGCAUCUUCCUCACAACUUCAGAUCGUGAUACGUUUAUUAAUCUUUUCACGCGUACCAUCUAUCUGGUACUUGAGAGUGAGCAACGGGUGAAGAGUAUGGCUAUUCGCAUGCACGCCUUCAAGGUUCUGUGUAUUGCAGUCAAACACCACGGUCAUGCAUUUGGAGCCCAAACAUCGAUUGUACAAAGUUUGACGUACUUUGAGCACUUGUCUGAGCCCAUGGCCGAAUUCCUACACAUUCUGGCAGAACAAUACGACUACCCGCAGCUCUCCGAUGAAAUCUUGAAGGAGCUGGGAAAUAAAGAAUUUAAUUCAAAUGACACAAGGGGACCGAAGUCUGUCUCGUCAUUUAUUAUUAAGCUGUCUGAGCUUGCCCCCAGAUUGAUCAUCAAGCAAAUGACACUUUUGGCAAAGCAGCUUGAUAGUGAGGCAUAUACACUCCGUUGUGCAGUCAUUGAGGUCUGUGGAAACCUCAUUGCUGAUCUCAGCCGACAAGAAGAACCCAGCGACAACUACAAAACUCAGAUCAACGCCUUUUUCGAUGUCUUGGAAGAGCGUUUCCUUGAUAUCAACCCUUAUUGCCGCUGCCGUGCAAUUCAAGUAUUUAUGCGAAUUUGUGAUCUGGAGCAGAAAUUCCCGAAGAGACGUCAGUCCGCGGCUCAACUGGCAGCUCGAAGCUUGGAGGACAAGAGUAGCAAUGUCCGACGUAAUGCGAUUAAGCUGUUGUCUAAGCUGGUCUCUACGCACCCAUUCAGUGUGAUGCACGGCGGACAGCUUUCAUACAAGGAGUGGAACGAGAGGCUCGAUGGUGUUGAUGCCGAAUUAAACGCUCUUCGACCUGCCGAGACCCCUGGGUUUGAUGCAGGUGACAUGACACAGGUCGAUCCUGAACUACUUGACGACGCAACACAAUUACCAGACGACUCACCUUCGAAAGCUCCCCGAAUGACCGAAGAAGAAAAGGUUGUGGCCAUCCAAAAAGCCCAAGAACAGGCUGCGACCUCUGAGCUGUUGACACGACUCCAGCUAACCAGGAAGUACUACAACGAGGCCAUCCGCUUUAUUGAAGUACUUCACUCAGCUUCUACUAUUGUCUCGCAAUUGCUGUCUUCGCGGAACAAGAGCGAGGUUAUCGAAGCCAUGGACUUUUUUGUCGUCCUUGACGCGUACAAGAUCGAAACGGCCCGCAGUGGAAUUCGUCGCAUGCUCCGUCUUAUCUGGACCAAGGGCAACAGUGACGAAGGAAAGGGCGUUCAGACUCAUCUGAUUGACUGCUACAAAGGCCUUUUUUUUGAUGCACCGGGCUCUUUUAGUCCCAACGACGCUGCCAACUACAUUGCCCGCAACAUGAUCAGUCUGACAUUUGGUGCAACACCUGCAGAGUUAACAUGUCUUGAGCAACUGCUCAGCACCAUGAUGAAGGCUGGAAAUGUAUCGGAGGCAGUCAUCGCUAAGUUAUGGCAGGUUUAUGGUAUCCAGAAGAAGGAGAUCUCAAAGACCCAGCGCCGGGGUUCCAUUAUUGUACUCGGUAUGCUAGCUCUGGCAGACCCUGAGGUUGUGGUUAAGGAAAUUGAAGCCAUGUUACGUAUUGGCUUGAGUGGUCAUGGAAAGUCCGACCUCGUGCUCGCCAAGUAUACUUGUAUCGCUCUGCGACGCAUGAUUCCUGGACGACAAGCCAAAUCAAAAGAGGUCGGAGUCACCAAACUGCCCAGUGAUCACUCUGUGCUGGUCAAGCUUGCUGCCAUGCUCGAAAUCGAGACAAACAGUAAGGAAUGGUAUGGAGUCGCAGAGCACGCGCUCAAUGCGGUCUAUACUCUCUCCAAGCACCCCGAUGUACUCUGCUCGGACAUUCUUCGGCGGAAAACAAUAUUCGUCUUCCAGCCACACCUUCAACAGCGCCCACCUUCUUCCCAUGCUUCCGCCGCUGAUGGCGAAGAAGAAGAGCGACCUGGAACAGCAUCAACCGAAGGACAUGGAUCCAAGCCCAAGCCAGCCUCUGCAGCACUUUCGCAGCUGCUGUACGUUGUUGGUCACAUCGCAAUCAAGCAGAUUGUUCAUUUGGAGCUGUGCGAACUCGACUUCAAGCGCCGCAAGGUUGAACAGGAGAAGAACAAGGCUGCCUCCGCCCCUCAAAAGGAAGGUAACACCGACGAGGACGAGCUUGACCUCAUCGGCGGAACUACCGAGGAUGAUUUCCAGGACGCCAUGGCCCACAUCCGAGAGCGUGAACUUCUUUACGGAGAGAACUCGCUUUUGGCCAAGUUCGGUCCUCUUGUAACAGAAAUCUUGGCCAAUAACAAUGCCUACCCGGAUCGUGAUCUUCAGGCUUCCGCCACCUUGUGCCUGGCCAAGCUUAUGUGCGUUUCUGCAGAGUACUGCGAGAAAAACCUGCCCCUUCUUAUUACCAUCAUGGAGCGGUCCGAAGAUCCCAUUGUGCGUAGUAACGCUGUGAUUGCCCUGGGCGACAUGGCUGUCUGCUUCAAUCACCUUAUUGACGAGAACACUGACUUCCUUUACCGUCGUUUGAAUGAUGACGACGAUUCUGUCAAGCGAACAUGUCUCAUGACUCUCACUUUCCUCAUUCUGGCUGGUCAAGUCAAGGUUAAGGGUCAGCUGGGCGAGAUGGCCAAGUGUCUGGAGGACGACGACAAGAAGAUUGCGGAUCUGGCUCGCAUGUUCUUCACUGAACUUGCAACCAAGGACAAUGCAGUCUACAACCACUUCGUCGACAUGUUCAGUCUUUUGAGUGCCGAGCGCAACCUGGAGGAGGCAUCUCUCCGUCGCAUUGUCAAAUUCUUGAUAGGCUUUGUCGAGAAGGAAAAACACGCUCGUCAGCUAGCCGACAAAUUGGCUGCUCGACUUCCUCGCUGCGAGACAGAACGCCAGUGGAACGAUGUCGCCUACGCUCUGUCCCUUUUGCCACACAAAAACGAGGAGAUCACCAAGACCGUCAGUACCGGGUUCAAGGUCGUCGGUGUGGCAGCCUAA